GUAUGUAGUGUGCGCUGUCAUGUCAGCUGAGUGAUUAUUGAGUUGAGCAAUGGUGGUGUUUUUACAUUUUCGAGAGCUAAAAUUAUAAACAGCCCAUCGAACUGGUGUAAUUUCCUUUUAAGUGUUUGUUAAUUAUUUACGUGAUGAAUAGAAAUACGUGUUUAUGCAUUAUAUUUUAAUAUUUAACAAUGCUUUAAGGAGUAUUUCGGAGGAUUCUGGACUGCGGUCCAUGGAUACACGGGAUUAAUGCAAGCGGUAGUUACACUACGGUGUAUUGUAUUUUAGCUGUGAAGAUUGAAAACAUACCGCCACCAUGCUGUAUGUUUUCCAUGUCGAUGCUGGUCAAAUGACCACGUACGACAUGGGUCUAACGUUGCAGAAUGUGUCUUCACUUAAACUAGCUAUUGAGAGAAAGACCAAAGUCCCGGCCAACUCAUUGGUUCUACUAGUGAGUGGUGGAGAGGUUCUCCAAUCGGACCACAUGGUGUCCUCAUACAGUGCUGGCACAGACACAAACCCUAUAUACAUGUUCAGCAAACCGUCAGUGAAGGAGAGCCAUUUGAACCAGUCCAUGUGCGAUUUAAGCCCAAUAGUGGAGUUAAGUACUGGAGAGUUCUCCAUUGAGAGCCGUAGUGCUUUCGAUGGUAAAUCUGUGGCGGAGUUAAAGGCUGCUGUAGAGAAGUGUUGCUCGCUGCAGCCAAAUGUGUAUACUGUGAUAUCGUGCGCGUCUCUAGCGCAACAGUUCAGUGACCUCGCACUUGAGGUGUCCAGCAGUUGCGAUCAGCUGGUGCAUGAACAGCAUUUGCAACAUCAGGGCUGGGCGGCGGUGGUUGCUAACUUAGAAGACAUAUUCAACGAAUUCUGUGAGAGGUCGAGGAAUUUUAAAGAAUCAUUCAGAAAGCACCGGCUAAAAAAGGAGGAGUAUCAUGAAAAGUUGACUGGGCUCAACGAAGUUUUAGAAUCUCUAGGCAAGAUCCCGAUACUGCCAGCACUCCAAUUAAAUGCCGAAGCUCAUAGGUUCUCGGCUUUUGAUGUCUUCGAGGACACGGAAUUCGAGGGUCCUCACUACAGGAUCACACAUCCCCUGGACAAUAGUUCAGAGAAUAAGCCCAGCGACUUCGGCGUCGAAGCGUUCAAACUGUCCGACGAGGAUGUAUUCGAUCAGAGGCAGUCAGGCUCAGGGAAUGAAGCAGCAUCGUCAUCAGAGCCAGUUCCCCUCGUCGAGGAGUCUGAUGAAGGAGUCACGUUCAAGGCGCAGUCCUAUGAGAACAAGGAGGAACCUUCCCUGCUGCACUGGAUCCUGGCGCAGGGAAACAAAGCCUCCUUGCAGGAUAUCUUAGAUUACUGUCAGAAAGGGUUGGCUUUAGUAAGUAUUUUAGAUGCGGACCCGCUGAAGGAGCGUGAGGCAGAAUUAUACCAUAUACUGGAGUAUGCCAAUAUGCAUGGCCUCAAGCACAUUAAAGGCAUUGAAGAGAGACUGUAUGGCUUGGACCAGCUGCUGAACGAUGUGAAGAAACUGGAGCGAGAUCAGCGCGACCAGGCUGCGUCGCUUAUACAGUGCCGCGAGCGAUUAAACACAGCAUGCGAUCCAUCCGUCCUGCCGACCCUGGUGCAGUCGCACUGGUGUCAGCUGAAGAAGUUGCUGAAGGGACAUCAGAUGCUCAUCGACAUCAGGCGGCGCAUCGCCAAGUCUAAGGACGAACUAUCACACAUAUUGAAGGCGAGAUUGGAGGCGGUCCUAAUGAUCGAGAACUCGAUGUCGGUGCAGGAUGCGCACGCGAUGUUGUCGUUCCAGUGCUUCAACCGCCUGGCGCGCUACUUCGGCAUAGUGGCGCAGUUACACCGCGCGCCCAACGUCUUCGUGCGCGCUGUCAGAGAGGUCGCACGCCGUCGUACCUUCUCACAAGCACAUCUUAAGUGGGCAGCAGAUUUAGCGGAGAAAUUGCUCAAAAUUCACGAAGAAGAGAUCAGUAGGCGACAAGAAUUCAACACUGUCUUCGAGGGUCACUUCCUGCGCAGUCUGUUCCCUGGCAUGUCUGAGCUUCCACCAACGUUUGCCACGCAGGCUCCGCCAAUAUUUGAUGCCAACCUGCCCAAGCUUACUGAGGCAGAUGUUGAUUACAUCACCCAUCAGUUUCCAGACCUCUGCGAAGAUGUGCCUAACUACGACAUGGAUUCCACCGUCCAGUUUUUCCAACAAAGAAUACGCGCCUCGGAAUAUGAAAGGAAAGAUAUUGAUACUCAGGUGGACAUGGAAAAAGACUUUGAUUCAGUAACGGAGGCCGGCGACUUCGAAAAGCUCGGCGGACAGAGUUCACAAAAACAAAGAGUAGACACGUCUACUAUUUGUGUUCCUGAAACGAUGGCUGUGUCGACGGUAACGGAGGACAAUAUGGAUACGCAUAGGAUUAAUAUGGAUAAGCUGCAAGACUUUUUGGUGAAAGUGUAUGCUGUAUGUAAGGUGAAUAUUGUGUUCAUAGUCGAAGAGUUGACAAAGUUGAAGGAGGAGGUUAACGAGCAGAAGAAGUUUAUGGCUAGUAAGUAUGUUGAGAUACUGGAGGCGUGGGAGAAGAGCAAUGUUGAGACUGCGAUCAGGUUCCGUGAGGAGACACAGAGGCUCACGGUAGACCAUGAGCUAGAACUCAGUGAUAUGAAGGCAGCUCUGAACGCGAAGGAUGAAGUUAUUUCUAGUCUCAAGACGGACACAGAGAACAUUAAAAAUUUACACCAGAAAGAGCUAGAGAGACUGGAACAGGAACACCAAGAGACUAAGAAUUUACUAGAGAAGACUCGGCAAGAGAUUCAAGCAUUCGAAAAGAAGUUAGAAGAAAUUGAAGCGCAGAAGCAGAAGGAGAUCAAAGAGUUACAAGAGAAGAUGCACAUGGAUUAUAAGGCUGAAAUUGAGUCUCUACGGUCUAGGUUCCGUUUAGUAGCUCUAACAAACAUGGACCGUUCACCAUCGGAGUCAAGUCUCGAGAAAAUAGAACGCACAGACGUCAUUGAAAUAUCGAGUCACAAUGCUAUAGUGAUGCAAACUAAGGAAAAUGCCGAGGUGGAGAAGGAAGAAGCGAUCAGAGAAGCAGUGGCCAAGGUAGAAGCGGAAUGGCGAAGCAAGAUGGAAACUGAAGUCGCUUAUAUAACUGCUAAGUACGACUCUGAAAAGCAGCUAUCGUCCUCAAUGUCUACAACUGACGUCACCCGUCGCCUCCUUACUGAGAAAGAGAGACAGAUAGAUGCGUUGCGAGAGCGAGAGGCCGCAUUGGUUCGUGAGUGUGGCAAGUACAGGGAUACUAUACAACAGUUAACCGAUCCGGAGACCAAUGACUUCGAUGCUCUACUUAAGACCCAGAUGGCGUCUCUUGAAAAUGAGAAUGAAGUCUUGAAACAACAAGUUAAGGAUUUGAAGAAGGAGUUAGAAAAGAAGGCUGAGGAAGAAAAGAGUAAAGAUGAGGACAGUGAGGGCCGGUCGUCGUCUCCGAAGCGCGAGGAGGUGUCCCGGCGCCGGUCCCGCAGCCACACGCCGUGCGGGCUGGCGGCGGGCACGCUGUCGCUGUCGGCGUGUCUGCCCGGGCACACCGUGCUCGUGCUCUGGGACCCCGCGCAUCUCAACUACACCGUGCUGCAGGAGGCAGCGAUAAUGUACUUCGUGCACAGCGAUUGCCUGCCGGCUCUAGAUCUCAGUAUCAACGUUAAGAACGAAAGUGAUCGGCGACUGUACGCGGUCGCCACUGUCGAGUCCAAGGAGUAUUGUUAUGCCAAAAAGAGCGGCAACCGCUACGGCAUGCCGCGCGGGUCCCGGUUCUACCGCGUCCGCGUCCGUCCGCCGCGCGCGGGCGCCGCGCUGCCGCCCUGCUGCGACCCCAAGCACCGCCCGGAUGCAAUGAGGGGCGGCGUGCUGCCAGUCCUCGGCGACGCCCGCCCGCUCAAGAAGUGGUUGACCUACAUGCAUGCCCCAGAUACGCAGAAGUCGGUGGACACGAGCCAGUCGACCAGCUCAGCGACGGAGGAGAUGGCUCGCGCUCCUGAAGUAGUGACGGGCACGCUCAUCAACCUGGAGUCGCCAGUGUCCUGCAGCGACCCUGUCUCCGCAGCCUCAGCGCAGACACACUCGGAAGACCAGCUCGACUCUAUUGAGGCCAGUGAGCAGUGGCAGAAUACUAGGAUGCAUCUCUCUACUAUUAGCGCUGCUACGGACAUGGAGUGCAGCGUGGGUCGGUGCGUGGGCAGCGAGCCCCUGGAGCUGACGGUGAGCGCCGUGGCGGUGCUGGCGCGCGGCGACGGCGCCCCGUCCGACCUGGCCGAGGAGGCCGAGCCCUGACACGAGCCGCGCCCGCCCCGCCGCACCCACACAUAGUACCACCACCACUACUUAAACCAAUGGAGUUGACCUUACUUCAUACUGAGAGUUGGUCUUAGCUGGCAAUUGGUCGAAGCUUAUGCACAAACGACGGGAAAUGCCAUUCGAAGUUGAUUACGGAUUCACUUAUAACCAGAAGUGAUUGCUAGUGAAGUGUACUAUCGCUCCAUUCGUUUAGUACUCACGUGCCGCCGCGCGUCAGUCGCGAUGUCGCGGUCGUGUCGGAGUUGGCUCGCUGUGUCGCGCCCGCGAGCUCUCAACGUUUCCCUUCCUCUCCUAUAUUCUACGUGUAUUUAGAAUAUAAUGUAGAAAUUACCGUGUCCGAUUCCCUCUAUUGAAGUUCGUAUCUCAAUUAGGCAGUGAUUUCUUCUCAAUAGUACAAAUUUGUUUAGUCGUGUUGAAGCUUUACGUGAUCUUAUGUUGCGAUCGUAUUCGUAUUUUAUAUUAUUCUUAUCUCUAUGAUGUGUUGUGUUAUAUUUAGUUCCUUAUACCGUUUGUUUCAUAUAGAAUCAUUUAUUUUCGUAUUGAAUACCAAACUAUGUUAGCUAUUUUAAUGUAGGAUAGUGUUAUUGGUGAUUAUCAAGUUAUAUUCUAGCACAAAAAUUAAUAUAUGUGGUAUCGCUGUGUAUUUCGUUUCAGGCUGCGUUUUGUUAACAAGUCGACAAAGAGCAUUAUUUAUGUCUAUAGCUAGAUACGUGUCUAUUAUGGUUAGAGUCACAUUCUCCUUAAGAUUCUCCUACCUUUAUAAGUACUAUCUUGAUAACUAAGUCAUAGUGAUUAUCUAGUAGGACAGUCGUUCCACUUAGGAAUUCUUCUUACAAUUUGUCGAUAGGCUUCAGCAAUGUUAAUGCUUUAAACACUCGAUCUCGCCCUUGUUUGAACUCUGGAUCCUUACCGCCCCGUACUGUAGCUUAGAUACUUGUGGUAUUAUAGUUUCGCUAGAGUGGCAUCACUCGAGCUGGCUCGAUCCGUUCGUCCUACACCCCGGUGGGAGGCAGAGAGAUGAUUAAACGAUAGUGAGGCACAGACACUUGCGUCCGAAUAUUGUUUUAGCCUUUCUAACACUGAACUAGAUUCGUUUGAAGCGCAAAUGAAGGUGUUAUUGUAUAUUUAAGAGACAUGCUUCACGUUAAAUUUGUUUGUGGCCUUAUAAUAAGGGCGGCCGCCGCGGGGCGGGCGCCGACUGCUGUGAUAGUGCGCUGCGCCGCGACCGGCGCGGACCGGACGGUUCUACGUGUACAACUGACUAAAUCGUGUGUAAUUAAUCAGUUAGGGCCUAUUGUUAAGUGUAAAAUUAAUGCGGAAAUAAUUAGCUAUACGUAUACUUGUACACGUAAAACUCUUCGAUAAUAUUCGGCUCCUGUUAGCAAUAUUCAGAAAUUCUAAAGUAUAUUUAUAACCAUGUUACAGAUUGCAGAUUUCUUUUCAAAUAGUCGAUAGUGUAAACGUUCAUAUCAGUGAAAUGAUUUUCCAAUAUAUAGAUUCACAAUAUUUAAUGUAACAAAUUAUGUUGAGACUGUAGGAGACAGUGGUCGAGUUGUUGGGGAGUCUUGCAAUAUGUGGGCACGUCGAUACUCGCUAGUCCGAUGUAGUGCAAUACUGGCCCGAUAUUGCAACACCUUGCAAUAUAUCGCAAUCGUUUGUAAAUACUUGUUUGAGAUAUCGUUAUAGGUACCCAUAAUUGUGUCGAAUUUAAUUAAGUUAUGAUAUUUCGAUAUCAGCCAAAAUUCACGAUGGAAACUGAAGGUGUGUGGUUACUGGAGUAACGCGGAAUGCUUGUGUCGUUGGAUCAGUGUGUCGCAUAGUUUUGUUUGUGCUGGACACGAAUGAACUCAUUUGCAAAGUUAGGCUUGGGUUGCGGACUGUGUGUCGUCAAAAUUAUGGUGUCAUGUAACGUGUCAUUUUGAAGGUUCUCGGAAUGUUCUGCAAAUGCAUAAUAAAAUCGUGCGAUCGCUUAAUAUGGACUAUUUUGUAGUGACCAAUUUUAUUGUUAGAAACUAAAAAUGUAAAAUUGACAAUUUUAAUGUAAUUUUUAUAUACAAUAAAUAGACCAUUUUAUACAAAA